CUGGAAACUGUGGGGACGCGGUCAUGUUUUCACUUUAUUUUGUAAAUUAUCAUCGAAGCUUACAUUAGUCACCUUUCGACGUUACUUUGAUUUGUUUUAGAGUUUUGUUUGCAUACACUACAUCCCUGAAAUGGCGUCAUGGGCUGGCUUUUCGGACGAAGAGCUGCGGAGAAUACAACUGAAAGAUCAAGCGAUGUCUACAACUCCAGGGAAUGGACGGGGUCGCAAACCGACUACCACCAACCGGAGUCGGCAACAGCUGCAGCGGGAGCGAGCACUCAAACUCGCCGCUCAAACGACUGAGAACAAGGACACGUUACCGGCCGAGCAGAAGCUCUCCAAACCCCAGUUUGCUUCACCUGCGCCUACAGUACCGUCUGUCGUUGACAUUAGAAAGGACGAGCCUGUGACUGUAAAGGCAGCUGCGGUCGAGCCUGUGACAGUAAAGGCAGCUGCGGUCGAGCCUGUGACAGUAAAGGUAGACGCGGUCAACAACCAUGAUACGGAGCAGUCGAUUGAAGUCACACCAGUGGCAAAGGAGUUGGAUAAACUGGAAGUGGAAUUGAGGGAGCGAACUCGUCUGGAGAAACUGCAGCUGGAACAGCGGAUUAUGGAAGAGAAGAAUAAGCAGAAGAAGGCUCUAUUAUUCAAAACCAUUGCAGAAAAGUCCAAGCAGACUCAGGCUGAGGCAGUGAAGCUGAAACGCAUUCAGAAGGAGCUGCAGGCGCUGGACGACUCCGUGUCCAAUGAUAUCAACAUCCUCCGCAAGCUGAUCGAGCAGGCCAGCCUGGACUACUCCACUGCAUGGAAGCGUUUUGAGCGCGCGGAGGCCGAGUACGUGGCGGCGAAGCUGUCUCUGCACCGGCACACGGACGUGAAGGAGCAGCUGACGGAGCACCUGUGCGCCAUCAUCCAGCAGAACGAGCUGCGCAAGGCCGCCAAGCUGGAGGAGCUGAUGCAGCAGCUGGAGCUCAGCGAGGAGCUGGAGAGCCUGCAAGCCCCGGGAGGGGAGCAGGCCGGCAGCGCCCAGUCUGGGGAGAACGCCACCCAGAGCCCUGCAUCGCCCCCUGGCAACGACUCCACCAUCACCAACACCAUCACCACCACCUCCUCGACCUCGACCACCACAGCAGCAGGAGAUCCAGGCAGUAAACAGGACUGUCCCGAGGCCAGCCAAGCUCCAGCAAGUGAGGAAUCCCCCCAGGCGCCAGUGAGCAGUGAGACUACCGAGGCCCCACAAACCCCCCAGACCCCACAGAACGCCCAGGGCCCCCCAUCCUAACGCUAGCACAGUCAAAAUCAUGGGCACUUUUUUAUAUCUUUCUACAUCAAGACUUUUAAACAAAUAAGAUUUUUUACUGAUCCUUUUGGGAAGAUGACAAUCUAUUUUUUACAAUCUGUGUAAAUGGCUAUUCAAGUGUGUGUGUGUGUGUGUGUGUGAGAGAGGGAGGAGGGUGUUUGGGGUUUACUGGGGUACUGCCGGCAGUGGUUUGGCUGUUUCUCUGAUCACAGGAGGGUGGGGGAAGAAGAUGGCUUUAUUAUGGCAAAGCCUGUCCCGGCCCAUCAGCUCAGCAGGACCAUGGCCGUCUUUGUAGAUCCACUAGAAGCAUGUGGCGGUCCAUUUUGUCUCCAUCUGUCCGUGGAUUCACAACAGUUUUGUCUACUGUCUGACUCUAAACAUUCCAUACACUAAAGACGGCAUGUGAUUUUUCAGAUCACGUUCGUUCACGUCCCUCCUUCAUGGCAGAGAAUGCCAUGGCUUUCAUGUUAAGUGCUGGCUAUGACAUCAUCAUAGUGCGCCAGAACCCCCUACAUACUGUAUGUCCGUGUCAGACUGCUGCUGUCGGCCUGGUGAUCCAUGCCUUUCGUCACUCCCCUGGCAGUUUCGAGCAAGGAGCAGGGAGAAAUCCGAGGCCUUCACUGUCUCCGAGUUUACGCUGUACAGGCAACAGGAGAACAGAAAUGUAAAUUAAAUUAGUAAUGUAUAUUGUAUAAUGGAGCACAAAGAUAUACCCCCCUCUGGCAGUAUUGUGGAGGAGGGGGUGUUUCCAUUUCACUGGGCUGUAUUGUGCUGCGAAUGCAGCAAGAGUUUAUGAACCAAAGAGAUGCAUAGAACAAAUGAGACAUGCGCAAUGUUUUUUUUUUUUUUUAAGUGUGGUUCUUUUUUACAUAUGGUUAUGUAUAUCAACAGGCACCAUACUGUCCUGCCCAUUGCGUGCGUGAUUGGUGAAAAACAGACGUGGCGUGAGGUCGGCGUCCCGUUGGGCUGCACUCUGCGUCUGUGCCGCGGUAAGAUGAUCCGGCUGCAUCGGGAGGCCCCUCUGGAUGUGGACUGUGUAUUGAUGGGCCAUAGUGGUCCUCCUUGUUUCCGUGUUUUUCUUCUUUUACUCGGUUUACUCACGGACGUCGGCGAAGCGAGGCGGUUUCCCCAGACACCCUGCUGUUCGUCUCUGCCGGAGAGUCAAACUGGCGAACUGCUUUUGCUCUCAGUCCUUAGUCCUCACCUAGAACAGAAAUGCUCCUCCAACUUUAUCCCACCCUGCACUGACAACAGGCCUUACUUACUGCAGUUUGAUUUACGGUGGUGUAUUUAAGUGGGAUUGCUAUUUAAUUUUUAUUUAUUUUCAUUUUUUUUUCAAACCAGCGGUUUUUGUGUGGGUCCUCUUUGGUCUGGACUUAAUCUUUGUUUUAUUGGUCUAUAUAGUCUGUUGGUUGUGUCUUCAAAUUAUUGCCUGUGAAAGAAUUAGGUCUACAUAUAUUCUAGUCUGUUUUAUUUAAAGAUGUUUAUUGUUAUUAUUACAGCCUGGCCUCAAACAGAUUUUCAAAUUGUUGACCCUUUUAUAUAAAGUGGAUUUCAUGGGGAUUUUUGCUUAGGUUGUUUUUAAUACAUCAAAUAAAACAGCCUUAUUAUAGA